GACGGUCCCGCUCUAUGCCCGCAGGUCGGUAGCCGCGUGCCGCCGCCAUGGCGCUGAUCGAGGGCGUCGGCGAUGAGGUGACCGUGCUCUUCGCGUUGCUGCUGGUCGCCCUGGUGCUGGGGUUGGCCUGGGCCUCCACCCGCGCCCCCGAGCCCGCCGCGCCGCCCCCCCGGGCCGGCCCCGCAGCCGCGCAGGGUCCCCUCGGUGAGGGGGACGGCGGCCCCGCCGAGCCCACCAUGGUGCUGCGGUUGAAGUUCCUCAACGACACGGAGCGCCUGGCCCGGGUGCGCCCCGGCGACACCGUCGGGGCCCUGAAGAGGGCCUAUUUCCCCGGGCAGGAGCAGCAAGUGCGGCUGAUCUACCAGGGCCAGCUGCUGCGCGAUGACGCCCAGAGCCUGGCCGCCCUGCACCUCGCCCACAACAGUGUCCUGCACUGCCACAUCUCCCAGCACAGCCCGGCCCCCGCGCCCGCCGGCCCCCACGCCUCUGCCGACCCCGUGCACGCCGCCCUCAACGUGGGCAGCCUCAUGCUGCCGCUCUUCGUGCUGAUGCUGGCCGUGCUCUGGUACUUCCAGCUGCAGUACCGUCACGUCUUCACCGCCACUGCCACCACCUUCCUGGCCGGCCUCACCCUCCUCUUCAGCUUCAUGGCCUUCACCAUGUACCGCAGAUAGCACGGCCCCGCACCCCGAGAGGAGCCGCCGCACCCAGAACGCACGAGGUCCUGGGUGGAGACUGCCUGCCGCCGCUGGACCUGGCGGGGGGGCUGAGCUGUGGACUGUGUCCCCCGGGGGCUGCAGGACCUGCCGGUGGCUGGGCACGUGGCCCGCAUGCUGGGUGCCCGGGGCCGGCCGGCACCACAACCGGAGCCAGAGCCAGGCUCGCUGCGGGAGGGAGUGCUGUGCUA